AUGAGUUCACCGGGGUGGCCCCAAAACAUACGUCGAGCUUUGAAUAAGCGAUUUCAAGCAAAUAUUGAUCUUACUUUGGUUCAAAAAGUUCAAUCGAACAUCUUACACACCUUAUACAAGGAUUCUCAAGAGAAACAAGACCAAAUUUGUAUAG